GCGGGGGCCCUGUGGGUGCGGGGCGCCCUGGGGGUGCUGCGCGGGGAAGCUCGGGCCUCGGGGGCCGCGAGCCUGGCUCCGCUCCCGCUGGGCAUCGGCAGAGAGCACCGCGGCAUCCGGGCCGACUCUGUGGAUGUGGAAAACCUGAGGCACAGGGCAGUGAAGUGACUUGCACAGGGCAGUGAAGUGACUUGCUCAAGGCUGCUCAGCAGGUCCAUGGUGAAGUUGGGAAGAGAACCCAGGUCUUUCAAGUCUCUGUCUAGUGCUUUGCUCACUAAGCCCCACUGCCUUCUAAUGAUAACCCUGAGACUGGGCAACCCUUGGCUCAGCAUGUGCCACUCAGCAUGCUGGGAGGUGCGGAAGCAGAACAGCUCGCAGUGGUGCUCCUUCAUCCGCACCAACCCUGACUGCCAAAUUGAUGGUGGCUUCCUCGACUACCUGGAUGGGGUCUUCUGUGUCUUCCCCUCAACACUUCUACCACUGGCCGUGACGCUCUAUGCGAUGUGGCUGCUGUAUCUCUUCAUCAUCCUCGGAGUGACGGCUGAGAAGUUCUUUUGCCCCAAUCUAUCGGCCAUCUCCACCAACUUGAGGCUGUCCCACAAUGUAGCAGGCGUCACUUUCCUCGCCUUUGGGAACGGCGCUCCAGAUGUCUUCAGUGCUGUGGUGGCCUUUUCUGACCCCAGGACUGCGGGGCUGGCAAUCGGGGCUCUCUUUGGUGCUGGCAUCUUCGUGACCACCGUGCUGGCUGGUGGGAUUGCCCUGGUGAAGCCCUUCACAGCAGCCUCCCGGCCGUUCCUCAGGGAUGCCAUCUUCUACAUGGUGGCUGUCUUUGUGACCUUCUUAGCACUUUACUUUGGGAGCAUUUCCCUGCCUUGGGCUCUUGGCUACCUUGGGCUGUACAUAUUCUAUGUCUGCACUGUGGUGAUCUGCACCUGGAUCCACCGGAGACAGCGAAGGGAAGGGUCAUCCACUUCCAGCUCCAGAGAACCAGAGCUUGUGACAGAGUCUGAAAAUGGUGGUUCCACCUCAAGCAUGAACGGUGCGGAUUUUGGUGAAGAAUAUCGACCCCUGCUCCCACAUGAGGAGAAAACGCUCCACAUCCUGACCAAAUCCCUGAAUACCCUGGAUUACAGAAAGUGGAGGAGGAAGCCCUGUUACUGGAGACUCUUCGAAGUUUUUAAGAUGCCGAUUGAAUUUGUGCUGCUGCUCUCCGUUCCCAUCGUGGACCCUGACAAGGAGGACCGGAACUGGAAGAGACCGCUCAACUGCCUGCAUCUGAUCACCAGUCCCCUGGUCUGCAUCCUCACACUGAAAUCCGGUGCCUAUGGACUGUACAAAAUCCAGGGUGUCUUCCCCAUCUGGGGCAUGGUGAUCCUGACUGGGGCUUUCCUGGCCCUUGUCAUCUUCUUCACUACAAAGAACAGGGAACCACCCAAGUACCACUGUCUCUUUGCCUUCCUGGGUUUCUUGGCCAGUGCCAUGUGGAUUAAAGCUGCUGCCACCGAGGUAGUCAACAUCCUACGGACCCUGGGUGUGAUCUUCCAGCUGAGCAACACUGUGCUGGGCCUGACACUGCUGGCCUGGGGGAACAGCAUCGGUGACACAUUCUCAGACCUCACCAUGGCGCGGCAAGGAUAUCCCCGCAUGGCUUUCUCUGCCUGCUUUGGGGGCAUCAUCUUCAAUAUCCUGGUUGGAGUGGGGUUGGGCUGCUUACUGCAGAUGACAAGCAGCCAGUCUGUGGUAAAGCUGGAGCCAGAUGGCCUUCUAAUGUGGAUCCUGGCUGGGGCGCUGGGGCUUAGCUUAGUAUUUUCCUUUGUGUCAGUGCCAGCACAGUGCUUCCACCUGGGCAAAGCAUACGGCAUCUGCCUCCUCAUCUACUACCUGGCUUUCCUCACUGUGGCUUUGCUGACAGAAUUCAAGGUGAUUGAGCUUACCACCCUCUGAAAGCAGUGCUGAGAGAGGAUGUCCAGUCACUUGAUACCACCUACGAUGAGGAGCUUGGGAUGAGUUUCAGAGCUCGCAGGUCUCAGACCGAGUUGCUAGUCAUGAAGAAGCAAGAUCUGGAGGUGGGGAAGUCCAGUCCUUGUGCUGCCACUGCCGGAUGCUCAACUGGCAAGUGACUUUUGACAUUCCCUGGCUGGACCCAUUCAGUUCCUUCUCCAAAUCACUGAAGGACACCCCACCCAAGGAGGACUCGGACCAAGUAACCUAUCUUCCUUGUGAACGCACCACCAAACCUAGCAUUCAUUUUCCUAUCCUGAAGGCAUUACGACAAUCUGAAUUUACUGCUAAGAUGUAGCACGCUUUGGAUGUUAAGCCAGAAACAACCCUUCCACCCCAGGGAACUAGAAGCUGAUUCAGCAGGGGAAAACAAAACAAUGCUGCUCAAUCCACACAUCCUCCAGCUCAGGGGCUGCCCAACCAAAUAAGAACUGGGAACCACAUGUCAAGCCAUCUCGCUGGCACUCCAGUCAGUAUUAAUUGUUCCCAUUCAUUUUUUAUGGAAAGGGAUUGGUCAGAAUAGGAACCAUUUUUAAAGAGACUGUUUUAAAAGGAAGGUUUUGAACAGGGAUCAUUUUAAAUGACUGUGGUCCUCAGAGGAAUUUUGCAACUGCACAGAAAGGAGUUUUACACACAGGAAAAUUACAUUUUUAUAGUUUUUUAUUCCUUCCAUUGAUUUUAUUUCCUCCUUCCCUUUAAUACCUCUCACUCCAGCUUCCCCUGUGGAGAACAAAGCAAUCAGUAUUCACUUCACAAUAAUGCAAACUUGUGAAAUAACUGUUUCAGUGCAACUUUGGGCAUGUUUGCACUAUACAAAGGGUAUGUUCUUAACUUGGGUUAAAACAGCAGCAAAGAAAGUAAUGUGGAAUUAGUCACUUGAGUUCCCAUUCAGGAUCCCCGGUAUGUCAAUGUGAAUAUUUUCUCUAUGGGGAAAUACUUGGUACUCUAUUGGUUUACACACACAACCUUUUUGCCUUUGGAAUCCGAGGCUCAGAUGCUGUAUGAAAAAGUCAAAUAAACACAAGUCAGUGAUCUUUA